UUUUUUCUUGGGUGACUUCAUUGAAUAAUUGCUUUCUUCAUAUUUUUUUUUCAUAUAGAAUUUGUUGCUGCAUGGUAUAUCAUUGAUUUGGUCAUGCCUUAUGAUGCCACUGCUACAUAUCCUAAGUAUGUAUAGCAUAGAUUUGUCUCUAUUCACGAUAUUACAUAGACGAGUUUAUUAUGUGGACGGAAAUUGUGAAAAACACACUGGGCGUCUUUCAAGUGAUGAGAUAAUGUAGAAAAGUAAAAUACGUUCAGUUGAUCGAAAGUAAUAGUCAUAUUCCACAAAAUGUUACACACACACACACACACACACACACACACACACACACACACACAGUAUCUAACAUACACCUCCAUUUUCGUUUACACUGUCUAUCGUGAUGUUAAAGAUAAUGAAAACUUUACUUUGCACUAUAUGACUGAGCCGGUUCUAAGAGAAAUGUCAGACACUGGGACCUUGCAUGAAGUGACGAGCAUAUGCAUACUGAAAGAAGUAAAUGAGAAAUUGAUAAAAUGUUGAAAACUAUCAAAAGCAUUGCUCCUGCAGGCAGUGGGGGAGGAAGAUGUAUGCAUGUGACGCGUAAAUGAGAAGCAAAUAAAUGUGUAAGUGUAUGUGCAUGUAAACUGAAUUAUAUUUUUCAUAUCCCUGGGUUUUCUCUCUCUGACUCAUGUGUAAGCUGUCAUUAGUGUCUAUUCAUCUGUGUGAGCAAAGCAUUAGUACUCCGUUCAUGAACCUGAAAAUAUAGCUUCCUUCAUUGAGUAUAGCAAGUGCAAAUUAUGUUGACAUAAUCGAAUCAUAUUUUUUUAUGAACCACUAAUUCAUGAGGUUGCGAAUAUUAGAGGGCGAGAUAUAGGGAGCCUCUCACACACGUACAGGAGACUGGGAACGAGAGAGAGAGAGAGAGAGAGAGAGAGAGAGAUUCUUAACUACGGUCAAUUAUUUAUUAGUUUUAGGUAACAGGAACUCACUUUGUAUACGUAUGUAAAUAACAGGAAAAAUUGCAUAUACCAUGAGAUGCCAGCCAGGACAAAGAUGUCAGCAGAGCCGAUAAGCGUGCCGUGGCGGAAAUGUGUCGCGCCAGGCAGCAGUUCCAGUGGAGCAAGCUGCCACUGCUGACCAUCCUGGGCCUCCUGAUGGCUCAAACAUUGUUGUACUACAAUUACAGCUCUUUCUAUGGCGCUCACCACUGGUUCGUCGUGCCCAGCUCCUCAUUACGAUUAAAAUGGUUCAGCGAUAAUUCUACGAGAGAACCAUCUGUCUAUUCGCUCAGCCUCGGCGGCAGCGGCGGAGAUAACAACAGGCACCGGGACACCACUCCCCCUUGCCCGCCCAUCCCCCCCAGCCUGAAGGGACGGGUACAAGUCAACACGAACCCUCCUACCCUGGAAGAGCAGGAGCGCGAGCACCCUGAACUCUCUCUCGGGGGACGCUACCGGCCUGAGAACUGCACGGAGCGGCACAAAGUGGCCAUCAUCAUCCCUUACCGGAACCGUGCUACUCACUUGACGGCCUUCGUCCACCACAUGCAUCCCUUCCUGCAGCGGCAGCAACUCGAGUACACCAUUUACGUGGUGGAGCAGGCAGGUAGCAACUCUUUCAAUCGAGGAAUGCUGAUGAAUGUAGGGGUCCUUGAAGCUCUCCAUCAGCAUGACUUUGACUGUCUGGUGCUUCACGACGUAGACCUUCUGCCAGAAGACGACCACAACCUUUACACCUGCUCAGACUCUCCCAGACACAUGUCGGCCUCGAUAAGCACGAAUGAUUACAGAUUACUUUAUAAGAACAAUUUUGGAGGCGUGUCUGCCAUCACGGCGAAGCAGUUCACCGCCAUCAACGGGUUCAGUAACAAGUUCUGGGGUUGGGGCGGUGAGGACGACGACUUCUUUAACCGCGUCAGACAUCACGGCCUCAACGUGUCGCGCUACCCAAGCAAGGUGGCUCGCUACACCAUGCUGUCCCACAAGAAGGCGAAUCCCAGCCCUGACAGAUUCACAAACCUCCGCCAGGGUAAGUGGAGGUUCAAGACGGACGGUCUGAACACCAUCAAUUACCAAAUACUGAAGACUGAACGACGGCGACUGUUUACGUGGCUGUUCGUGGCUCUGGCAUACACGUGAUACACAAGUCCGAGUAAAAACUGUGGAAGUUUCUGCCUCUGACACCGACCCGUGUUGAUGGCACCCCUGCCCAGGAUUUGCAGAGGCAUAUCCAUAUGAAAUGAAACAUCAAAGAUUUGAUAAUGAUAGGUUAUCUGAUAGUGCCCGUGCCCUUCUGGCAAGUGAAAAUUCAUUUGACAAUUAUGUUUUGAAUUUGCUACUUGCUCCAUUUUAGUCUCAUGAUAGUGUAAUUUAAAGAUAACUUAUUUGUAUAAUUUUAAGAUUUAUGUUUUAAUUUAUGUAUGAUUUUGAAAUUGUGUAGAUAGUUGUAAGAUUUUCCUUGUAUACUCCUUUCUUUUAAUAUUCUAAAUUUUAUAACGAUGUCAUUUUAAACUGUAUUUUUAUUCUCAAAUUAAUUUUAUGAAUGACAAGGUAUUAUUUUUUUUUCUCGUGGAAUAUGUUUAAAAUAUCCUAUGUAUCUUCUUUUGAAGGCAAAUAAACACAUAAAUAAAUAAA